AUGUCGGUCGUCAUCGAAACUACGAUAGGUGACAUCACGGUGGACCUGUUCCUGAAGGAACGGCCCCGUGCCGCACUAAACUUUCUGAAGCUAUGCAAGCUAAAGUACUACAACUACAACCUGUUCCACACGAUCCAGUCGGAGUUUAUCGCACAAACCGGCGAUCCGACCGGUGCUGGCGAUGGUGGCAUGUCGAUCUGGGGUAUCCUCGAGGGCGACCGGAAGCGUUACUUCGAGGGUGAAAGUGUGCCAAAGAUUAAACAUUCCGAGCCGGGACUGCUGUCGAUGGUGAACGCCGGGGAACAUUUGAUUGGAUCGCAAUUUUUUUUCACCCUCGGAGCGGAUCUUACCUCGCUCGAUGGCCAGCAUACCGUGAUCGGGGAAGUAACCGAGGGGCACGAGGUGUUGCGCAAGCUGAACGAAGUGAUUUGCGAUGAGCGUCACCGGCCAUACAAGGAUGUGCGUAUCACGCACACCGUUGUGCUCGAUGAUCCGUUUGAAGAUCCACGAGGAUUUCGAGAGCCGAGUCGUUCGCCUUCUCCAUCGGCGGAACGCUUGCAGGGUGGUCGUAUUGCGGCGGAUGAAGAGAUCGAUGAUUUGGGUGGAAAAACGGAAAAGGAGAUAGCGGAAUUGAUUGCCGAGCGGGAGGCGAAAGCACGAGCCACGAUACUGGAAAUUGUUGGUGACAUCCCGGAUGCGAACAUUGCUCCACCGGAGAAUGUGCUGUUCGUGUGCAAGCUUAAUCCGGUCACGACGGACGAUGAUUUGCAGAUAAUUUUUAGCCGGUUCGGAAAGAUUAAGGGAUGCGAGGUGAUUCGGGACAAGGUGACGGGCGAUUCGCUGCAGUACGCGUUCAUCGAGUUCGAGAACCAAAAGUCGUGUGAGGAUGCGUACUUUAAGAUGGACAAUGUGCUGAUCGACGAUCGGCGCAUUCAUGUGGAUUUCUCGCAAUCCGUUUCGAAGGUAAAGUGGCGCGGAAAGGGACGCGGGAUAGAGUUCCAGGAUGGGGCGGAUAAACGAUCGUUUAAGGAUUUUGAUCGGAAGCAGCAGAAUCGUAACGGCGGAUCCAAUAAGCGUCCGAAUGCUUCACCGAAAAGGGACCGUGUACAGGAGAAGCAAUAUAAUCGAUCGGAAUCGAGAUCACGCUCAAGAUCCGCUUCUCGUUCGCGGCCGGCCAAAGAUGAUCGUAGACAGCGCAGUCGUUCUCGUGAACGAAUGCAGCACCGAGAACGAGAUAGAAAUCUUCCUCAAGGUCGUCGUGACGGACAGGAAGGUGGUCGUGGACGCAAACCCCUACUAACCGAGCGCAACUCAUCCUAUCUAGAGCAACGCAACGGACGAGACAUUCGGAUCAAUCAGGGCAAAGUGGAUUACAAAAAUCGUCCUUACCCAAACAGCUUCGUUCAACGGAAAGGUCCACGGGAGAAGAACUCAAAACGGGGUGGCCCUAUGGGAGGUGGACGAUCCGGAAGUGGAAUACGCCAUGAACCACCACCCAGACGUUGGUCCCGUUCUCGUUCAAGGGAGCGUCGCAUGAGACGGUCCCGUAGUCGUUCGCGCGAUCGGCGCCAUAGUCCGGAACGUUACCGCAGUCAGCGAUCGGACUCGCGAGAAGCAAGAGGACGGCGACAAACCGAACCCGAACGUGUGGGAAGCCGCUCAUCACCUAGCCAACAGCGGUCGGAAGUUGAUUAUCGCCGCAGUGGUGGUGGUGCUGGUGCUGCUGCUCCAAAACCUGUCCUGUCUGGAUCGCGUGACCCUGAUCAACGCCGGGAAUCCAACCCACCGAAACGGCGAUCUUCAAGUUCGGUUUCACGCUCAAGCCCACCGCCGAAGGAGAAAAGGAAGCGAAAAAACUCAUCGUCCCGUUCGUCCUCGUCGGACAGUUCUCCGCCGUCCAGCACGAGUGAAUCGGACGAACGGACCAAAAAGCGGAAGAAAAAAUCGUCGAAAAAGAAAUCGAAAAGUAGCCGCAAGCGAAAGGGUUCCGAUUCGUCGGACGGUGAAAAAACUAGGAAGAAGUCGAAGAGUAAGAAGAAAAAGCGAAAGCAUUAG